AUGACCGUGCACGAGAUUGACGCCGCUGAGGCGGGUGAUGCCCAAUCAGCGAUCUAUCCCGUGGAUGAGAAGCACCCUGCAGAAAAGACAGCAUUCGACAGUAGUGAAGAGAUUAUCGAUUCCGCCGACAAGAUCUAUGUUCCUGGCGAGGACGAGGAGUUUAUCGACCCUCGUCUGAAGGACUACCCCAUUCCUCUCGUGGCCAAGACCGUUGAUUUACAUAAUGACUUCAGCGAACCCAUCCUCACCUUCCGCUUCUUUCUCCUCUCCACCUUCUGGGUCCUUGUCGGCGAUGCCAUUUCCACCAUGUACUACUUUAAGCCCUACAGCAACACUCUGACCAGCUACGCUGUGCAGCUGCUAUCGUGGGGCAUGGGCGACUUUCUUGGUCGUGUCCUGCCCAAGCGGUCCUUCCACAUCUUGGGCCGCUCCUUCAGCCUCAACCCGGGUCCCUGGAAUGCCAAGGAGCACGCCUUGAUCGUCGUCGCCUACUGGGGGAGUUGCUAUACGGCCUAUGGCCUGGGGCCCCUCUCUGCCUUGGAGCUAUACUAUGACCGCAAGAUCAAUGCCGGCUGGGGCAUCAUGUUCCUCCUCACCUCCCAGAUGAUCGGCUAUGGCUUUGCCGGCUUGUUCCGUGACAUCUUAGUGCGCCCGCCCAAGAUGUACUAUCCAGGCGUGCUGCCCAACGUCGCUCUCCUCAAUGCCAUGCAUCGGAACCCUACGGUGACCAAGAAAUCGCUCAAGUUCUUCGCCUACGUGUCUUGUAUCACUUUUGUCUACCAGUUCUUCCCUGGCGUGAUCUUUCCUAUGCUUUCUUCGCUCCCUCUACUGUGCUACAUGGCACAUGGCAAGUGGAAGGGCUUUGUGCUGGGGUCUGGCUAUUAUGGAUAUGGGUUGCUGGACAUCUCCCUGGACUGGAACUACAUCGGCUUUUUCUCGCCUCUCUACACGCCUCUCUGGGCUAACGCCUCGAUGAUCGGCGGCGCUCUUAUGGCCUCCUGGAUGAUAUACCCCAUCAUGUACUUUACAAACACCCUGAACGCUCUUACCUUCCCGCCCAUGUCUUCGGGCACCUUUGACCAGGACGGCCAGCGAUACAACGUCAGCCGCGUCCUGACUCCCAACUACAGGCUGAACCAGACCGCCAUGGAUGAGUACUCUCGGCCGCACUGGGCUCCGUCUUACGCCAUGUACUUCUUCUGGGGGUUUGCUUGCUCGACUGGCGCCAUCGUCUACUCUGUCCUCUGGUACGGAAAGAGCUCCUACACCGCUAUUGUCGAUGCCUUCAAGGGUCGGAGGACCGACUAUAACGACCCAUAUAUCCAGCUGAUGUCGCGGACAAAGCGCGUACCGCACUGGUGGUAUAUAGUCCUGCUGGUCGUCUGCGUGGCCCUGUCGCUCGGAACUCUGUAUGGCGGUGACUUUGGCCUGCCCUGGUGGGGUUUCAUCGUCAUCUGCAUCGUGUCCGCUAUCUCCACCUUCCCCAAUGGCAUCCUCUGGGGCAUUGCCAACCAGCAGGUUGGCAUGGCCUUCCUCUCCGAGCUUAUGGCCGGCGCCAUGUUCCCGGGCAACCCCAGUGCCGUACUGGCGAGCAUGACCUUUGGCCGCCAGAUCCUUGAGCAGAACCUCAACCUCAUCUCGGACUACAAGUUCGGCUUCUACAUGAAGAUCCCCGAGAAGGAGAUGUUUUGGGGCCAGGUGUACGGCACGCUGCUGGGGCCGUUUGUGAAUUAUGGCUUCAUGCGCCUCAUCAUCGACCGUGUCGGCAAAUCUGUUCUGACCGGCCGGCAGGAAAGCAACUCGUGGCUGGCGCUCAAGACGAAGAACUACUAUUCCUUGUCCGUCUUGUGGGGUGUUCUCGGGCCCAAGGUCAUCUUCGCAAACGACUCGCAGUACAACUGGAUCUACUAUGCCUUCCUUAUUGGUCCUGCUCUUGUUGGCAUGGUGUACAUUGUCCAUCGCUACAAGCCGCACUGGGAGAUGGAGACGCGCUGCAACCCCGUUGUCAUCAUGUGUGGCGCCUUCACCUCGCCAUUGUAUGAGACUGUCAACAUCUUCACAUCCGGUCUGGCGGCCUUUUUCUUCAUGGGCUACAUGUUCCGCUACCGACCUGUCUGGUUUCGCAAGUACAAUUACCUGCUUGGUGUCGGCCUGGACUGUGGCACGCAGCUGUGCCAGACCGUCAUCAUGCUAGCCAUCAACCUGACCAACUCCGAGUUCCCUCAGUGGUGGGGUAACGACGGUGCUUACUUCGACCGGUGCUAUCCGCCAUCCAACCUGCCAGCAAAUGCUCUGAAUUGA